UAGGAAUCCAAUGGUAAAGGGAAGCCAGAAGAACCUUUGAAUCUAUAUUCCAGGAAGCGUCCAAGAAUACACACCUGCCUACCUUCAAAUCUGUAUUCCAGGAAGCGUUCAGGAGUGUUCAAGGACCUAAAAGAAUAAAAAAAAUGGGGUUAGUAUUGUUUCCUAACGCCAUUACGCUAUCAUACACUCCAAAAAAACACUUAUCUUUUCAGAAAGUCUAG